CCAUGAGCCGCGCCAUCUACCUCGCGCUCCUCUGCCUAGCGAGCAGCGCCUCCGCGCUUCUCAGCCCGCUGCUCGCGCCGCCGCCGCCGCCGCUGUCCGCGCAGCAUUUGCCGAGAAGCGGGCAACACGUCGGCGUGCGCGGCACGGCCGGGCGGGCAGCGCACGCGCCGCGGCGCUGCAGCACGGUGUCUGCCAAGCUCGGGCUCGCAGGCCUCAAGCUUGACCAGCCGCAGACCAUCGCGGUGGGCGCGCGUGUGCGUGUCUCCAAGCGCGUGGUCUUGCGGCAUGUGCCCAAGCACAAGGAGGGGCUGGACGUGCAGGGGCUGGAGGGGGAGGUGAUCAAGUCGUACGGCAGGGGCGACAUCUCGGCCAACCGGCCCAUCAAGGUCGAGUUCCAGUCGCCCAGGUUUGUCGGCCACUUUGACGUCAACGAGCUAUCUCUGGUCGACCAGCCCGAGGCCACGUGAUGAGGGCGACAAGCGCGGUUGUAUCACGAUGGAGGGGCUUGUCGCUUGAGCGGGCGUAUGCCGUAUCAUCGGCACCCACCCCAGCUCGUCUGCGGUGUUACUUUGACGGUCGCCUGUUUUUUGUGUGAGUGUUGCGAGCGCGCUGUACGUCUCUCGCGCCACGCCCAACCAGCACGCCGCGUGAGCUACCAGCCACGCGGAGC